UUUGAAGUCUCACCCACCACUCUCUCUCUCUCUCUCGCCGUACUUCUAUCUUCUUCUUCUCUCUGCCACCGCCUUACUCCCUUCAAACCCGGCGGCUACUGUCGCCGCCAGCCACCACUGCCACGGUAUCCCCUUUGUAGGCCUCGCAUCUGCCUGCCUCUCGUUCCCUCUCUAAAUCAUGAAAAAUCCCCAAAAAUCCCUAGCUUUCUUCCCUUUCAAUUUCCGACGAGAUUACCGCCUGAACCACCCUCUUCUUCUUCAGUCGACAGCAACGGUCAGCCGGACCGCCGUCAUCUUCCCUCAUCUCUCAAGCCUCUAUCACCGUCUCCCUCUCGACUCCGAUGAGCAGCCGCUAUGAAUCCCCGCCGCCUUCACCGCUUCCCUCCAUACUAAUAUAAAGAUUCGAUUUUUCCUCUUUCCCUUCCAUUUCUUCACUCGAGCUCCAUCCCUGCUCUCCAACAAGACUUCACUCAAAAGGUGUUGGAACUGAUUCUUCUGAAAGUAUGCUUUCCGAUGUGGAUGUGAUUGUUUUGGAUGAAGUGCAUUAUUUGAGCGAUAUAUCCAGGGGUACAGUUUGGGAGGAGAUUGUAAUUUACUGCCCUAAACAAGUGCAAUUAAUCUAUCUUUCUGCCACUGUCGCAAACCCAGAUGAGUUGGCGGGUUGGAUUGGUCAGAUUCAUGGAAAAACUGAGUUGGUAACAUCAUCUAAGCGUCCAGUUCCGUUGACUUGGCACUUCUCAACAAAGACAGCAUUGUUACCACUUCUUGAUCAGAAAGGCACUGGCAUGAACAGUGUUGCUGCAAGUUACUUAAACGAUACUCCUGCUCUGAAGAAGGCUGAUAUUGGAAGUGCCGUUCCUUUUCAGAUCGUCGUUCGUCUGUUCGUCGGCAACUCACGCACACCGCACACGAUGGUGGGAUAUGGAUGGGCUGGGAUGUUGAGAAAAUACUUGGUUGAUCCAGUUGACAUGUGGUGGCCUUCCAAUGUCACGCAAGUUUCCUUGUUUAGGUGAACUCGCUCGUGUUGGUGGAGGCUCAUUAGUGUAAUUGAGUUUAUCAUCUUGGCAGAUCAAGUAGAUGGGAGUCGAUGAGCUAUGAGGACUACUACAAAAGAGAAGGCUGAAGCAGAGAACGUCGUUUCAAAUGUCUAGCAAGUUGCGCGCAUUUGUAAUAUUUUUUAAUUAAUCAUAUAGCUAACUAGAAUAUUUGUGUUGUUUUCAUUAUAUUUGGAUGAUAAUGUAUGAAUAUUUCGGAUGUUAUAUAAUAUAUGUUAUCGAUGGCAA